UCGCCGCGUUACACCCUCUCUGCUCUGCUCUCAUCAGCAGCAGCGGCAGCCCCGCCUCGCGACGCGAACCGCUGGCUGGUUCACCUCCAACGCAACCCGCAUCUGGCUGUCAUACAACGCCGCUGCCGCUCCGUCCGGUCGCCGCGGCAUGUUCGCAUUCACACCGGUACACACGGAGUGGACUUUAACCGGACGGGCACUAUGUCUGAGGUACGAAAAUUCACAAAGAGGCUCAGCAAGCCCGGGACGGCCGCGGAAGUCAGGCAGAGCGUGUCGGAGGCUGUGAGGAGCACCGUGGACCUUGUGGAGCAGCCAAAGAUUAUCGAGCCACUGGACUAUGAGACUGUGGUGUUUCAGAGAAAGGCCCAGAUCCACAGUGACCCCCACAGAGACCUGCUGCUCUGCCCUGUUGAUGAUGUCUCGGAGUCCCAGAUCUCCCGGCAGAGGAGGACUGUUGUUCCUUCGGUGCCCCAGAAUGCUGAGCGGGAGGCCAGGAGUCUGUUUGCCAAAGAGUGCAUCAAGAUGUACAACACCGACUGGCAUGUAAUCAACUACAAAUAUGAGGCUUACUCUGGUGACUUCCGCAUGUUGCCAAGCAAAGGCCUGAAGACGGACAAGCUGCCAGCUCACGUGUACGAGAUCGAUGAAGACGCCAAAGACGAGGACUCAGCGUCGCUGUGCUCCCAGAGGGGAGGCAUCAUGAAGCAGGGCUGGCUACAGAAAGCCAACAUCAACAGCAGCCUGUCUGUCUCCAUGAGGGUGUUCAAAAGGAGGUACUUCUACUUGUCUCAGCUCCCCGAUGGCUCCUACAUCCUCAACUCCUACAAGGAUGAGAAGAACUGCAAGGAAACCAAAGGCUCCAUCUACCUAGACUCCUGCAUAGAUGUCGUUCAGAGUCCUAAGAUGCGCCGUAACGGCUUCGAACUGAAGAUGCAAGACCGCUACAGCCACUUCCUGGCUGCAGACAGUGAAGCAGAGAUGGAGGAGUGGGUGGUCACGCUGAAACAGGCUCUGCAGAGCAGCAGUGAGGCCGGCCAGGACAGGAGGAACGGUGCAGAGUCCCUGGACUGCGCCUUGGAUGACGACACUGCCAGCCAAGGUAAAGGUGAGAGUUUCGGGAGGAGCUUACAACCUGAACUUAAUAAGUACACCAGGGAGACAGACCAGUUCAAUAAGAUCAACAGGAAUGAUGGCAGACAAAAGCUUUUCUCUCUGGAUCCUGAGACACAAAGGCUGGACUUCUCAGGCAUCGAGCCAGACGUGAAGCCGUUUGAGGAGCGUUUUGGCCGACGCAUCGUUGUCAGCUGCCACGACCUGACCUUCAGUCUCCAGGGCUGCGUCAGUGAGAAGGGCGACGGUGUCCUCACCAAUGUGGAACCGUUCUUCAUUAGCGUUGCUCUCUUCGACGUCUCCAAGAGCUGCAAGAUCUCGGCUGACUUCCACGUCGACCUCAACCCGCCCUGCGUCAGGGAGAUGCUGACCGACGCCUCGGGCCAGCUCUCCCCUUCAUCGGACUCAGACGGUGGAGGAGGAGGAGGACUCAGGGAGGGAGGAGGAGUAGUAAUGGUGAACGGGGACUCAGGGAAAGGGAACGGCCUGCCUGUUCUUCAGAGGGUGUCAGAGGCUCUGCUGCGCUUCCCUACACAGGGUAUCUUUUCAGUAACCAACCCUCAUGCAGAUAUCUUCCUGGUGGCCCGUGUGGAGAAGGUGUUGCAGAACGGCAUCACCCACUGCGCCGAGCCGUACAUCAAGACGUCGGACAUCAACAAGACCGCUCAGAAGGUGCUCAAAGCUGCCAAGCAGACAUGCCAACGCCUGGGCCAGUACAGGAUGCCGUUUGCCUGGGCUGCCAAGCAGGUGUUCAAAGACGCUCAGGGCAGCCUGGACAUGGAUGGGAAGUUCUCUCCUCUCUAUCGCCAGGACAGUAGCAAAAUCUCCACUGAUGACAUCCUCAAGCUGCUGGCCGACAUCAGGAAACCUGAGAAGAGCAAACUUCAGACAAUCCCCGGGCAGCUGAAUGUCACCAUCGAGUGUGUACCACCUGACUUCUCAAAUACGGUGACUUCCUCUUACAUUCCCGUCAAGCCCUUCGAGGAUGGCUGUGAGCGGGUGUCUGUGGAGGUCGAGGAGUUCCUCCCUGAGGAGGCCAAGUACAACUACCCCUUCACCACCUACAAGAACCAGCUCUACAUCUACCCGCUGCAGCUCAAAUACGACAACCAGAAGACUUUCACCAAGGCGAGAAACAUUGCAGUCUGCAUCCAGUUCAGAGACUCAGAUGAGGAAGGUGCAGUCCCUUUAAAGUGCAUCUACGGCAAGCCGGGAGACUCACUCUUCACGGGGAACACCUUUGCAGCCGUCCUGCACCACAAUCAGAGCCCAGAGUUCUACGACGAGGUAAAGAUUGAGCUGCCGGUCCACGUGCAUGAGAAACACCACAUCCUCUUCACCUUUUACCACAUCAGCUGUGAGUCUAGCAGCAAGGCCAGCAGCAAGAAGAGGGAGGGAGUGGAGUCACUGGUGGGCUAUUCCUGGAUGCCCUUGCUAAAAGAUGGGAGGAUGCAGUCAUUAGAACUUCAGCUCUCUGUAGCCGCCACCCUGCCAGCUGGAUACCUGUGUCAGGACACCAGGAAGUCCCAGCCAGACAUCAAGUGGGUGGAAAAUGCCAAGACCCUCUUCAAAGUGAGGACCCAUGUAGCAUCAACAAUAUAUGCUCAGGACCUGCAUCUACACAAGUUCUUCCAGCACUGCCAGCUGAUGAGGACGACAUCAGAGGGCAACUCAGCCGAACUCGUCAAAUACCUGAAGUGCCUGCAUGCCAUGGAGACUCAUGUCAUCAUCAACUUCCUACCAACAGUGCUCAUGCAGCUGUUUGAAGUGCUCACAGCAGCCAAUAAAGAAUCCCAUGAGAUCGCUGUCAACUCUCUGCGUGUGAUCAUACACAUAGUCUCCAGAUGUCACGAGGAAGGGCUGGAGCACUACCUGCGCUCUUUUGUCAAGUAUGUGUUUCUGACCAACAACACUGCAUCAGGAAACUCUGCGACCACUCAUGAGGUGCUGGCCACCGCAGUCACAUCCAUCCUCAAGCAAACUGCUGACUUCAACACCAGCAAUAAACUGCUCAAGUACUCCUGGUUCUUCAUUGAAACCAUGGCCAAAUCCAUGGCGCAGUACCUGCAGGAGGGCAACCGCAUCAAGAUGCCGCGGGCUCAGCGCUUCCCUGAAAGCUUCCACCAGGCGCUCCAGUCUCUGGUGUUGUCAGUCAUGCCGCAUAUCACCAUCCGCCACAUGGAGAUCCCAGAGGAAGCUCGCUGCAUCAACCUGAGCCUGGCCAAUUUCAUCAAGAGGUGCCUGACCUUCAUGAACAGGGGCUUUGCUUUUGGCUUGGUCAACCACUACAUGUGUCACUUCAGUCUCAAGGAUCCCAAGGUGCUGGCUGAAAUGAAAUUUGAUUUCCUGAUGACGGUGUCUAACCACGAGCACUUCAUCCCUCUGAACCUGCCCAUGGCCUUUGGGCGCACCAAGCUGCAGAGGGUGCAAGAUUUUAUUCCGUAUGCGACGGAGCUUUUUGGCCCUGUAGAACAAAGUCUGGAGUUCAGCCUGACGGAGGAAUACUGCCGCAACCACUUCCUGGUCGGCCUGCUGCUGAGAGAAGUGGCAGAGGCCUUGCAGCAGGGGCCCGAAGUCAGGCAGCUGGCCGUGAGCGUUCUCAAGAACCUUCUCAUUAAACACGCCAUGGAUGACCGCUACACUGCCUUCAAGAACCAGCAGGCCAGGAUCUGUUUGCUGUACCUGCCGCUGUUAGAGCUGCUCUACCAGAACUUGAAGCAGCUGUCUGCCCAGCCGCACACCUCCAGCCCCGGCCUUGGCCUCAACGGCUCCAGAGACGACCUCAUAUCAACCAGUUCCACCGACAGCAGGAGAAUCAGCACCGCAAUUGACAAAGACCACGGUCUCCAGAAUGGCCAUGUUGUGAGGAGAGAGGACUCCAGGAGCUCCUUGUUCAUGGAUCCAGGAACACCAGACAGCAUCGAGCUGCAGAGACGUGGCUCCACCAUGAGCAGCAGCCCCAUGCCUCCCGUCGGCAGAUUGGGACAGUAUGAGAUCAAAGGCCUCCUGCUCUCCUUCCUGCACAUCGUCAAGACCUUGUCAGAGGACACUCUCAUGGCCUACUGGAAUAAAGUGGGCCCUCAAGACAUCAUGAACUUCCUCAGUUUGCUUGAGACCUGUCUGGUUCAGUUUCGUUACAUUGGAAAGAGGAACAUUGGCCGGAAUCAGGAGGUUUGUGUGUCGAAGCUGUUCUCCUCAGACAGGAAGUCUCAGACGAUGCCAGCCAUGCGCUGCAACCGAGCCAGUCUCAUGCAGACUAAGAUACACCAGUUCAGCACCAUGGAGGCCUCUCUCACUCUCAACAUCGGGACGGGGCCAUCAGAAGCAGAAAUCCACCAUCAGGCUCUGCUAGAGGGAAACAUCUCCACUGAGGUCUGCCUGAGUGUCCUGGAUGUCCUGUCACUUUUCACGCAGUGCUUCAAGAAUCAGCUACUGGACAGCGAAGGUCACAACCCAUUGAUGAAGAAGUUGUUCGAUGUUUACCUGACCUUCCUCAAAGUUGGCCAAUCAGAAGCUGCCCUCAGACAUGUGUUCGCUGCACUCAGGGCUUUCAUUAACAAGUUCCCGUCGGUGCUGUUCAAGGGCCGCGUGACGCUGUGCGAGGCCCUGUGCUGCGAGGUGCUCAAGUGCUGCGUCUCCAAGCUGGGGUCCCUGCGGGCCGAGGCGUCUGCCCUGCUCUACCUGCUGAUGAGGAACAACUUCGAGUACACCAAGAGGAAGACCUUCCUGCGCACACACCUGCAGAUCAUCAUUGCAGUGAGCCAGCUGAUCUCCGACGUGGCGCUGACCGGCAGCUCACGCUUCCAGGAGUCUCUCUCUAUCAUCAACAACUUUGCAAAUAGUGACAAGGCCAUGAAGUCUACGGCGUUCCCCUCAGAAGUGAAGGGUCUCACCAAGCGGAUCCGUACAGUGCUGAUGGCCACGGCCCAGAUGAGAGAGCAUGAGAAAGACCCAGAGAUGCUGCUGGACCUCCAGUACAGUCUGGCCCGGUCCUAUGCUAGCACCCCUGAACUGAGGCGGACCUGGCUGGACAGCAUGGCUCGAGCGCACCUAAAGAACGGCGAUCUCUCUGAGGCGGCCAUGUGUUACGUUCAUGUGGCUGCACUGGUAGCAGAAUACCUGCACAGGAAAAAGCUGUUCCCCAGUGGCCUCGCAGCCUUCAAGAAGGUCACCUUUAAUAUUGACGAGGAAGCCGCCAUGAAAGAAGACACCGGCAUGCAGGAUGUCUAUUACACUGAGGAGGUGUUGGUCGAACACCUGGAGGUCUGUGUGGAGGCGCUGUGGAAAGCCGAGCGCUAUGAGCUCAUCACGCACAUUGCCAAACUCAUCAUCCCUAUUUAUGAGAAGCGUCACGAGUAUGAGAAACUAAGCCGGCUGUAUGACACUCUGCACAGAGCCUACAAUAAAAUAAUGGAGGUGAUACAAUCAGGACGCAGGCUUCUUGGGACAUACUUCAGAGUGGCUUUUUAUGGACAGGGCUUCUUUGAGGAGGAGGACGGAAAGGAAUACAUUUAUAAAGAGCCCAAACUCACAGGCCUGUCUGAAAUCUCCCAGCGGCUGCUGACACUCUAUGGGGACAAGUUUGGGCAAGAAAAUGUCAAGAUAAUUCAAGACUCAAACAAGGUCAACCCUAAAGACCUGGACCAGAAGUUCGCUUACGUCCAGGUGACAUUUGUCAAGCCGUACUUCGAGGAGAAGGAGGCGCCGGAGAAGAAAACCGACUUCGAGAAGUGCCACAACAUCAACCGCUUUGUGUUUGAGACUCCGUACACGCUGACGGGCAAAAAGCACGGCGGGGUGGAGGAGCAGUGCAAGAGGAGAACCGUGCUCACAACUGCCCACGCCUUCCCAUACGUGAAGAAGCGAGUGGAGGUGGUGGGGGAGAAGCAAGUGGAGCUCAAGCCCGUGGACGUGGCCAUAGACGAGAUGAAGGCGCGGACGUUAGAGCUAACCAAGCUCUGCUCCCACCAGGAAGUGGACAUGAUCCAGCUGCAGCUCAAACUGCAGGGCUGUGUGUCCGUGCAGGUGAAUGCAGGUCCCAUGGCCUAUGCGAGAGCAUUUCUAGAUGACAGUAAAUCAAACCAGUCUGGUAGUAAGAAAGGGAAAGACCUCAAGGACAUUUUCAGGCGUUUCGUUGAGGCUUGCAGCAUGGCCCUGGAUAUAAAUGAGCGUCUGAUUAAAGAGGACCAGUUCGAGUACCACGAGGGCCUGAAGGGCAACUUCAAAGAAAUGGUGAAGGAACUGUCAGACAUCAUCCAUGAACAGAUCUACCAGGAGGAUAUGAUGCGCUCGCUGUUGCAAAACUCGCUGCAUGUGUUUCGUGCCAUCAGCGGGAUGUCCACCGACCUGGGUUGACCCGCCCACAUCCAACACCACCCCCCCCACCCCGUCCCAUCUUCCUUUAUGUAUAUCCUCUCACCUCCUCCCUUAAGGACCCGGACCAGGAUGAUGACAGGGCAGCUGCCUGCCCGGUUACGCCUGCCUAAACACACCCCCACUAAAGACGCCAUCUGGUCGUGGUACAUGGUCCGGGUGAAAGAUCGCAGUACAGUUGGAUAUAAUAUUCAAACCACAGCAGCAGUAUUUUCUAAGAAUGUAUCCCGGCAACACAGACUAAACGUCAGCAUGUCAGGUUGACAUGUUAUGCUGAGUCACGCUAGGUUGCAUUGCACUUUUUUUCUGCCUCGGCGACAACCUGCAGGAUUGGCUGUCAUUUCGUUAGAGAGAGAUACUGUACUAAAGCAUUGUGUUUUUUUUUCUUUCUGUCCUCUCUCUCUCUCUCUGCAAUGUUUCCCUUCAGAUCAAUGCAGGACACAACACUUUUAGAAGAUGAUAGCAUCUUUCCACAGUGUUUGUGCGCCUCUGGCAGGAUGAUCAAUAACCCCACCUUGACCGGUUCUGUAGCAGACUUCCAAACCGAAAGCACUGAGGUACUCUGUUAAGCUAAGGGUUGGUGUUUAUUGGCUUAGCAACACAUUCCAGCCAGGUUUACAGAUUGCCAUAAACAGAUAAAUCUUGUCUAAAGAGCAGCAGCUUAUAGUGAGCACUGGGCCAAAGUUACUACCCUGUUUCUUUAAUGUAAAAGCCUCAGUCUGUUCCAAAGUUAAAGAAGAGAAAAAAAAGACAGACCUCAGGGUUGUAUUGAAGCUAUAUGAUAAAGCUGCUCUUAAGAGGUUUGCGACUUAAAAGCAGCUCAAUUAAAUUGUACAUGUAAAAAAAUGUUAUCGGUAUGACAACAGUGAGUUGUAGAUUUGUAAUGAAUAAGUCAAACCAGAAAAGAUUAUCAUACAAAAUUCUAUCAGAGCUUUGCAACAAUCAUUGACACAGUUUCCUCUGUGGCCAGGACAGGACACACUGAUCGCAGCGGUGUGAUAGUAUUUUCUUCAACAACGAUUAAGUGACGAGUUCCUCUCAUCUGGGUUUUAGAUCCAGUGCCUUUGUGCUCUGCCUUCUGAAAAGACUCUCAAUGAAUAAGAACCACCACAUGCUGGUUAUUCACAGUAUUUCACAAGUGCUACACUGAAAUUAGCAGAUAGAUGAAUAAUAUUUAAGCAGAUGUACAUAAUUUGUUCUGAUGCUGUAAAUUGAAUUCUGUACCCAUGUAUGUUUGUACGUACUGUAUGUAUGUAUUUAUAUUUGUAACGUUUUGGACUCGUGUUCAGUCCAAAAUCUGUCCAGCAGAGAGGUUUUUUUUUUUUUUGCCAUUUUUACUGCGUUGUAUACUUAAGUGCUGCUGCCUGUCAAACUUACUUUGUAAAGCCUUUUUCCAAUAAAACCUGGAAAAGCUA